CCUACCCAGGAAUGAGUCCCACAUGAGGCUGGUCAACCACACUGUGGUGACUCAUUUCAUCCUCUCAGGGAUCCCUGAUGCCAACAGCCUCCAGACCAUCCUCUUCAUCACCUUCUUAGCCUUCUACCUCUGCACACUGCUGGCCAACCUGCUCAUCUUCUCAGCCAUCCUCGCUGACCCCCGCUUGCACAACCCCAUGUAUUUCUUCCUCUGCAAUCUCUCCCUGCUGGACAUUGGAUUUUUCUCCAUCAGUACUCCCAAAAUGCUGACCAACCUUUGGUUUCAGAGUAGGGUCAUCUCACUAGGUGGGUGCAUAUCCCAGGUCUUCUUCUACCACUUCCUGGGCAGCACCGAGUGCCUGCUCUACACCAUCAUGGCCUAUGACCGGUACGUGGCCAUCUGCCACCCACUGCGCUACCGGCUCAUCAUGAACCAGAAGAUUUGCACUCUUUUGGCCGCUGACACCUGGAUCACCAGCUCCUUCCAUGCCACCAUUCUCACCAGCCUGAGCUUUACGCUGCCCUACUGUGGAUCCAAUGUGGUGGACUUUUUCUUCUGUGCCAUCUUCCCGGUGGUCAAGCUGGCCUGUGCAGACACGUACAUCAUUGAGACCGUGACCUUGACAAGCACUGGUCUGGUACCCAUAACUUGCUUCCUCCUCAUUCUCACAUUCUACAUCAGGAUCAUCUAUUCUGUCUUGAAUAUGAAUUCGGCCUAA